UGCCAACAAGUUUAGAAUUCAUGCUUUUUUGAGUUUUUUUUUCGAAUUUGAACAUUGGAAACAAUUUAAAAUUUUUCAAUAUUCAUCAUCAUCUUCAUCAUCAUCGAUAAAAGAUAUCGAUUUUUUUCAUUUUUCGAUAACAUCAUCCAUUAUUGGUCUACGACUACGAUUAUCACCAUCAUCAUCGUAAACAUAAUUAUUCGAUGAUCGAUCAAUCAAUAAAAGUAAAAAAAAUAUUUUUGGAAAAUUAAAAACCGCGAAAAAAACCACGAAAAGAAUUUUCGAAUGGCAAGCGCAUCGAUGACAACAUCACCAUCAUCAUCAAAAGCUGGCCGUACGAAAACCUUAUUAUUAGGUUUCGCCAUAUUCAUAUUGGCCUGUUUGUUUAUCGGUUUUUUAGCCGCAUACAUUGUUGAACGUAAUAAGAAUAAUGAUUUAUCCAAAGAUCAAUCGACUACAACAACCUCGACAACUUUUGAAACAACUUACACAUCGACAUUGACUACAUCACAAACAACGAUUACAUCGACUAAGCCGCCACCAAUAUCUGAUAAUCUAUUACUUAAUCAUGAUGUCAUACCUAUAAAUUAUCGUCUACAAAUACGUAGCGAUCCUAAUGAAAAUUUUUUCAAUGGAUCAGUACGUAUUACGUUACAAGUUCUCAACGAUUCAAUCGAUCAAAUUGUACUUAAUUGUAAAAAUCUUAACAUAUCAUCAUAUUCAUUAUCGAAACCAUCGGUUGCGAUUGAAAAUUUUUCUAGCAAUACGGAGUUUGAACGAUGUAUAUUUGAAUUAGAUGGAUCAUUGGUUAAAGGUGAGGAAUAUGCAUUACAGAUUACGUUUUCCAGUACGUUUCGAAAUGGACAGAUUAUCGGAUUUUAUCGUAGUCCAUAUACAACGAUCAAAAAUGAAAUUCGUUAUAUGACGGCAACAAAAUUUGAACCAACAUAUGCACGUAUGGCAUUUCCUUGUUUUGAUGAACCAUCAUUUAAAGCUACAUUUGAUAUAACGUUAAUCCAUCCAACCGGAUUAAGAGCCAUAUCCAAUCAAAUGGAAAAAGAAACCGUACCGAGUAUUGAAACCGGAUUCAGCCGGACAACAUUUAAACAGACGCCAAAAAUGUCCACAUAUUUAGUGGCAUUUUCGGUGAAUGAUUUUGAAUAUAAAGAAACAAAGACAACAACCGGUACACGUGUUCGUGUUUAUUCACGACCAGAUCAGGUGGAAAAAACCAUGUAUGCCUGUGAAUCAGCGGCAACUAUUCUAUCAUAUUAUGAAAAUCUAACGGCCAUUCCAUAUUCACAAUCAUUGGAAAAAUUAGAUCUGAUCGGUUUACCCGAAUUCGUAUCCGGUGCAAUGGAAAAUUGGGGUCUAGUCACCUACAAGGAAACAUAUAUCCUAUUUGAUGCCGAUGAAUCUUGUGUUAAUGAUAGGCGAAAAAUAGCCAGUGUUAUUGCACAUGAAUUAGCCCAUAUGUGGAUAGGUAAUCUAGUCACAGCCACUUGGUGGAAUGAUCUCUGGCUUCAGGAAGGUUUUGCAUCAUUUAUCGAAUAUUAUGGUCAAGAUCACCUGGACGCAUCAUUCAAUAUAUGGAAUCGAUUUUUAAUCGAUGAUCUACAUCGUGCAUUCACUACCGAUUCUUUAUCUAAAACACAUCCAUUGGUACCGAAAAGGGAUGAUAUUCUUACACCGAAUCAGAUUACGGCUCUAUUCGAUACAAUUUCCUAUUCAAAAGGUGCAUCGAUUGCUUAUAUGAUUGAAAGUAUAAUUGGGCGGAAGAAAUUUAUGGAAAAUUUUAGCUAUUUACUUAGAGAAAAUCAAUAUUCAAAUGUUGAUACAGAAAAAAUGAUGAGUUAUUUUUAUAAGGAUAUUGAAACAACGACUAAAAUUGAUGGAAAAAAUUUUCUAAAUAAAUGGCUUUAUCACAAUGGUUAUCCUAUCAUUACUGUUGAACGUGAACAACAAACAUUUAAACGUUCGAUUCGUGAAUCACCAUCCAAAUCUCAGCGAAGUACAAUGAAACUACGAUUAAAACAAACAAUUUAUCGAUCAAAUUCAACAUCCAUUCCACUGGAAGAUCCAUGGAAUAUUUAUAUCAAAUAUCGACAUCCAAAACAAGAACAAUCUGCGCAUUUAUUCAACCAAUCAGAAAUGAUUGUUGAUCUUGGAUAUGAACUUGAAUCGAAUGAUUGGAUCAAAUUAAAUCCUGAUGGCCAUGAUUAUUAUGUUGUAAAUUAUCAACCCGAAGAUUGGGAUCUAUUGAUUAGUGAAUUGAAAAGAAAUUCCAAAUCAUUCAGUGUUGGUGAUCGUGCAAACCUAUUACAUGAUGCAUAUCGUUUAUCCGAGAUAUCGGCACUAUCCUAUGAUCGUUUACUCAAUCUAUUCACGUAUCUUGAAAUGGAAACAAAUUAUAUUCCAUGGUCAGUGGCUAAUAAUGUAAUCACAUCAUUGAUCAAUAAACUUGGUGAAAGUGGUUUGGCAUUGAUACAAUUUCGUGAUUUUAUCAAAUCGAUCGUUGCCAAUUCAUUCGAUUCAAAUGUUGAUUUAUCGACAACCGACAACUCUGCACAAAAACUGGAUGAAAUAGCCUUACGUAAUGUAUUAAUUACGAUAGCAUGUAAAGUUGGCUAUGAAAAAUGCACGAAACAAUGUUAUCAACAAUUUCGUGAUUGGAUGGAUCGUGGAAAGCGAUUAGAUUCGAAUACAAAAUCAUAUGUUUAUAAAUAUGGUUUACAGGCCAGUACGAAUGAAUCGGAUUGGCAACGUAUGUGGGAUCUAUAUGAAUCUGAAAAAGAUGCAAUUGAAAAAUCGAAAAUAAUUUCCUCACUGACAUCGACUACUAAUCCAAAUCUUAUAUCCGUAUUGAUAUCAUAUUCUGAAGAUUUGAAUAAAAUUAAUAAUGAAAAUUUUUUCGCUGUACAACAAUCAAUCGCUUCGAAUAGUGACAUUGGAAGAUCAAUGAUUUGGGAAUAUAUUCGAAAUCAUUGGCCUCAAUUGAUCAAACGUUUUGGUUUGAAUGAUCGCCGAUUAGGAACGUAUGUUCGUUCAGUUAUUAGUGGUUUCCGUUCCGAAUCUCGCUUACAAGAAGUUAUGGAUUUUUUCCACCAAUAUCCUGAUGCUGGUGCUGGUCAAGGAGCUCGUAUCGAAGCUAUCGAAACAAUACGUGAAAAUAUUCAAUGGAUUGAGGAUAAUGAACAAAAUGUUUCGAAAAUAUUAAAUAAUCGUAAUCCGAAUGAAAAUCCUUGGUUACGUUGGCGACUUGAUGAAUCUGUACGGCCACAACAUUAUGAUGUAAAUCUUACCGUUUUGGUGGAUGAGGAAAAAUUUUCCGGUUCUGUUCGAAUUGAAAUCGAAAUUCAUCGUCCGAUUCGUUAUCUAAUUUUACAUUCAAAAGAUUUGAACAUUACAUCAUCGGCUGUAUAUACGAAACAACAACCACGUGUAGAAGUUUCAAUUCCUUUCAUCGCUAAUGUUACUGGACAUGACGAUAAUCUUUCAUUAUUCGAUACGAAAAUGACACAUUUCUUGUUUCGACCAAAUCAAUAUUGGAUUAUUCCAUUACAGAAAAUAAUUCUACCUGAAACAUAUGUUGUUGAACUACGAUUCUAUGGCAAACUAAGUAAAGAAUUAAGUGGUCUUUAUCUUUCACAAUAUCAACGUUCUGAAACCGGUGAAACCGUCAAAUUAGCCACGACACAAUUUCAAGCUGGAUAUGCACGUAAAGUGUUUCCAUGUUUUGAUGAACCACAAUUUAAGGCAACAUUUGCAUUACAAAUUGAACAUGGUGCCAAUUAUUCAGCCAUUUCAAAUAUGCCCAUAUCAUUUGUUCAACGAUCAUUGAAUGAUAAAAAUAUGAAAAUGACAACGUUCGAACGUUCUGUAAAAAUGUCCACCUAUCUAGUGGCAAUUGUUGUCAGUGAUUUUGUAUCAAAAUCUAGUCCAUUAUUGUCAAAUUUCAGUGUCUAUACAUAUGAUCGUGCGAUAAAUCUGGAUAAAACCGAUUAUGCAUUACGAGUUGGUCCUCAAGCAUUGGAAUUUUAUUCGGAAAAAUAUUUUGAAAUUGAUUUUCCAUUACCUAAAAUGGAUAUGAUUUCCGUUCCGGAUUUUCAAAUGGGAGCAAUGGAAAAUUGGGGUCUAGUCACGUAUCGUGAUAUCUAUGUUCUUUAUGAUUCAAAAGAAACGAGUACAUUGUCGAAGACUAAAAUUUGCCAGAUAAUAUGUCAUGAAUUAGCACAUAUGUGGUUUGGAAAUUUGGUCACAAUGAAAUGGUGGGAUGAUCUUUGGCUAAACGAAGGAUUCGCAACAUUUAUGGAAUAUAAAGCCGUAGAUUAUGUGGAAAAGGAUUGGAAUUAUCAUGAUUUUUAUGCCAUAAAUGAAUAUGCUCGUGUAUAUGAGUCGGAUUCAAUGACUAGUACUCAUCCAUUACAGACAAAAGUAACUGAUGAUAAUUCGAUACAAGCAGUUUUUGAUUCCAUCACUUAUUCAAAAGGAUCAUGUAUCAUUCGAAUGUUGGAAUCAAUGGUUGGUGAUGAAACGUUUCGUAUCGGCAUUAAGAAUUAUAUUAAAAAAUUUAGCUACUCAAAUACGUUAACCGGUGAUCUUUGGAACGAAUUGUCCAGUGUUGCUGAUAGAAAUUUAGAUAUAGAAAAAAUUAUGCAAACAUGGUUACGAAAAGAUGGUUUCCCCGUAAUCACAAUCACAACGAAUAAUAAGAAUAAUACGAUGAAAUUUGUACAGGAAAGAUUUUUAAAAGAUUCUCCCUAUUCAACGACAACAUAUUUAUGGUCUGUUCCGAUUACAUAUCGUUUGAUUAAUCAAAAAAUUCCCGAUAUCAGUGGAAAUAUUGAAAAAUUCAUAAUGUAUACAAAAGAAAUGUACAAAGAUGAUAUCGAAAUUGGCGUAGAUGAUUUGAUAAAAUUUAAUGUCGAUCAAAAAGGUGUUUUUAUUGUUAACUAUCCAACGGAACAAUGGAAACGAUGGAUUGAGACAUUGAACAAUAGUGAAUCGGAGGUUUGGAAUCAGACAAGUGCUUUAGAUAGAAACAAUCUAUUAUUGGAUGCAUUCUAUCUCGCUCGUGCUGGUCGAUUACCUUAUAAACAAUGUUUAAGUUUAACCGAAUUUCUUCGAUUGGAAAAAUCCUAUAUGGUUUGGAAAAAUGCAGCCGAUAUGUUAAAAUUUAUACGAGUUUUUAUGGCUGUACAAGAUCAGAGUAUUGCCUACGAUCAAUGGGUACGAACAAAAUUGAUUGCCAAUCAUUAUGAUGAUGUUGGAUGGACGGCCAAAUCAGAUGAUAAUAUGAAUCAACGUCUUUUCCGUUCAUUAAUAUUGACAUUAGCUUGUGAUUAUGGCAAUCAAGAUUGUCUACAGAAAGCAUCACAAUUGUUCGAUGAAUACAGUAAAAAUCCAACCGCUAAUUAUGAUCCGGAUAUAUUACCUGUAUUUUUAUAUUAUGCACUAAAUUUCGAAGCAACAGAUAAAAGAUUCACUUUUCUUCAACAACGUUAUGAUUCGGCCAAUACAACUAAUGAAAAAAUGACCUAUCUUAAAGCAAUGACAGCUACAACCAAUGUGGAUAUGUUACAAAGAUUGCUCAAUAAUUCAUUGGAUACAAAUUAUCUUCGUACACAAGAUUUUUUCACAUUUCUUGCCUAUAUGGCUGAUAAUUCAAUUGGAUUAGAUUUAGCAUGGAAUUUUUAUCGUGAACAUUAUCCAGAAAUUCAACAACGAUAUGGAAUGGAUGAUUCGGAUGUUGGUCGUGCUGUAUAUCGUUUUGCGUUUCAUUUUACAACAGAUAAACGUCGUCAAGAAGUAAUGGAAUUAUUUGAAAAAUAUCCUGAAGCCGGUGCCAGUGCACUUUAUCGUCAACAAACAAUGGAUCUAAUUGAUGCUAAUAUUCGUUGGUCACGAUCAUUCUAUAAAAAUGUAAUUGAAUAUGUUACCGAUAUUUGCGAUACAAAACAUUGUCCAUGGAAUCAAUAUCGAUUGAAUCGUUUGGUCAAACCUUUGAAUUAUGAUUUGAAUAUUCAAAUUGAUACAGAUACAUUAAGAUAUAAUGGUACCGUUAAGAUAGAGGUGAAUAUUGAUGAUGAAAUCGAUCAUAUCAUUGUUCAUGCUGCUGAUAUUUUGGACGUUUCAUCACCGAAAAUUACACAAAAACAAACAACACAAAAACGAGAAACUGAAAUCAAAUCUGAUUUAUUGUUAUCCACUGGACGUGGAUUUACAUAUUCACCAUUAGAAUUCUAUGUUAUUCCAUUGAAAAUGAAUACAACUAAAGGUGAUAAUUAUAUGGUGGAAUUAAAUUUCGAUGGUAAUCUAUCAAAAGGUGGUCUAGUUGGCCUUUAUCAUGGCUGGUAUGAUGAUAAAAAUAAUGGUACACGUAUCAAUCUAGCUGCAACACAAUUCGAAUCAACACAUGCAAGAAAAAUGUUUCCGUGUUUUGAUGAACCAUCAUUCAAAUCGAAUAUAUCGAUCACAGUGAUACAUCCAAAAACAAUGGCACAAACAUUAUCAAAUAUGAAUGCUUUAUCAUUCAACGAUAUUAAUGAUAAAUGGAUGGAAACAAAAUUUGCAACGACACCACCUAUGGUUACAUAUUUGAUUGCAAUUCUUGUAUCAGAUUUCGAAUGUUCACGAAUUAAUAGUGUGGAACUUCGCAACCUAUCGAUUAGUGUAUGUUCAUCGCCAUUAUACGAUCAACAUCAUCGUGAAUAUUCUUUAAGUGUAACACCGAAAAUUCUAAAAUUUUAUGAAAAUUAUACAGGAAUUGAAUAUAGUCUACCAAAAUUGGAUCAAAUAGCAUUACCACAAUUUUCAUCCGGUGCAAUGGAAAAUUGGGGUCUCGUGAAAUAUCGUCAGAAAAAAUUAUUAUGGUCCGAAAUGGAUAAUCUUUCUGAAGAGAAAAAAGAUACAUGCAAUGUUAUUGCACAUGAAUUGGCACAUAUGUGGUUCGGUGAUCUCGUUACGAUGAAUUUUUGGGGUGAUCUAUGGUUAAAUGAAGGUUUUGCAUCAUUCAUGGAAUGUAAAGGAAUGGAUUCUGUUCAUCCAGAAUGGAAAAUUUGGGACACGUUCGUCAAAAGUUAUACAUAUCAGGCAAUUGUUGGUGAUUAUGAUCCAAUAUCUCAACCAAUAAUACGUAAAGUGAAUCAACCAAAAGAUAUGAAAUAUGUGACAAGAAUCGUUUAUAAUAAAGGAUCAACAAUAUUGAAUAUGUUUGAAAAGACAAUGGGUUUGAAUGCAUUUCAACAAUCAAUUCAAUCAUAUCUUGAAUCACUGCAAUAUCAAACAGCAACAAGUGAAAAUCUUUACGCAGCAUUCGAACAAAAUUGGCCAUAUAAUGAUACCCAGAAUGCCAGAGAUUUUAUCAUUUCUUGGACUGAACAAAUUGGUUUUCCAUAUCUUAAUAUCACUUGUGACGUCGAUGAUAAUGAAGUGAACAAAUCCUGUCAAUAUGUACAAGAAAGAUUCAUACGAAAUGGUGAUCGUCCACCGAAUGAUCUAACUUAUGUCAUUCCAUUCCAAUAUUAUACAUAUGAUGAAAAACAACAAGUAAAAGAAUCAACGAUUCAAUUUUUAACCGAAAAAACUGGCAAAUUAAACUAUUUUGAUAGCAUCAUCAAAAUCAACCCAAAUUUUAAUGGAUUCUAUUUUGUUAAUUAUCCAUCGGAAAAAUGGUCAAAAUUGAUCAAUGAUUUAAUCGCCAAUAAAGAUAACGUUGUUUCAUUGUUAACGGUGAAUGAUCGUAGUGAAUUAAUAACAUCAUCAUAUUUUUUAUCACGUGCUAAACUUGCACCAUAUUUUAUUGCAUUGGAUAUGCAUAAUUAUCUUGUACAUGAAACACAUUAUGUUCCUUGGACAUUUCAUUCAAAAUUGAUUGCUAAUCUUGCCUGGGAAAUGGAACGUACUGAAUAUCGUGAAUCAUAUCUCCAUUUUGAACGACGUUUAACUCAAUCACAUUAUAGUGGUAUCGAUUUUUGGAACAUUGAAAAUUCAACAAUAAUAGAACGAAUGUUUCGAAAAAUAAUCAUUCAAAUUGCAUGUGGUAGUGGUAAUCAUCAAUGUUUAAAAGAUGCACACGUAAUGUUUGACAAAUGGAAAGUUGAGAAUAGCACAAUUAAACCUGAUCUAUUUGCAUCCACAUUAUCGUAUGGUAUGAAAUAUAGUAAAAAUCCGCUAGAUUAUGAAUUUGUUUGGCAAAGAUUUUCAAUAGAAAAAGAUUCACACACCAACAAGACCGGUUAUCUUGAAGCAUUAAGUCAUAUAUCCGACAGUAAAAUUGUUCAAAAAUAUUUAGAUCUAGCAUUGAAUGAAUCAAUCGUUUCGAAUAAUCAUUUUGUACAAUUUUUCCUCUACAUUAUUCAACGUUAUGAACAUGAACAAAUGAUUUGGCAAUAUUUUACCAACAAUUAUUCAAUGUUAUCUAGAAAAUUAUCCACCGAUCAGAUGGAUAUGAUCAUGACAAGAUUUGCCGAUCAUACUGUUACUGAAAAACGACGAUUAGAUAUCUGGAAUUUUCUAAAAGAUAAACGAACAGGAGUUUCGAUGAGUGGACAAGAAUCGACAUUUGCUCGAAUUGAAUACAAUUUAGCUUGGAUGUCGAAUAAUAAGGAAAAAGUUGGUGAAUGGUUUGGCCAGAAUGCUUGUGGAGAUCGAACACCUAAACCAUGUCCGUGGGCAAAAACACGUAUUGAUAAAACCAUUAUUCAACCAAGACAUUAUGAUCUAACCAUACAAGUUAAUUUAACCACAAAUAUCUACAAUGGUAGUGUUAAUAUUCAAAUCGAAGCUUUAAAACCAUUCGAACAAAUUGUUCUGCAUGCAGCUCAAAUGCUUCAAGUAAAAUUGAUAUCAGUGAAAAAAUCCAUUAAUAAGGAUUCGAUUCAACAUGUAACAAUGUUUCGAUAUUAUCCAAAACAAUUUGUUGUAAUUGAAUUCGAUCAACAACAAUCGAUUGGAUCGUAUGAAUUAACAUUUAAUUUUACUGCCAAUCUUCUUGAUGCUGGUAUUUCUGGCCUAUAUAGAUCCAACUAUACGGAUGGAAAUAAAAAUUACCGAAUGGCAUCAACACAAUUUGAAUUUUUCGAUGCACGUAAAGUGUUCCCGUGUUUUGAUGAACCAGCAUUCAAAUCAAAAUUCAACGUUACAAUUAUUCAUGAUAAAGAAAUGAAUACAACAUUAUCUAAUAUGGAAGUGAUCGAUGUCAAACAGAUUCCCAAUACCGAAUGGAUACAAACAAGAUUCAAUGAAUCAUUAGAUAUGGUUACAUAUUUAGUUGCAAUGGCUGUCAGUAAAUUUGUUUGCAAACAUUAUUUGAUUGAAAAUAAUCAGGUUACAGUUGGUGUUUGUGCAUCACAUCUUCAAGAACAUAAAUUAGAUUAUGCAUUGGAAAAGGCACCGAAAUGUUUAGAACAUCUUGAACAAUUACUUGGUCAUCCAUAUCCAAUGAAGAAAGUGGAUUUAAUUGCUAUACCAGAUUUUUCUUAUGGUGCAAUGGAAAAUUGGGGUCUAAUUACAUUCCGUGAAACGGCAUUAUUAUUCCAUGAACAGGAUACAACUUCGAAACGAAAAAUGUCAAUGAUGAAUACGAUUGCACAUGAAUUGGCACAUUUUUGGUUUGGAAAUCUGGUCACAUGUGAAUGGUGGGAUUUUAUCGCAUUGAAUGAAGCGUUUGCAACUUAUAUGCAAUAUACAACAGUCAAUGCCGUUGAACCAGAUUGGAAUACUUUUGAUUUGUUUCUGAUAUCCGAAUUUGAAUAUGGUUUAUUAUCGGAUGCUAAAGAUAGUCAUCCAUUAAUACGUAAUGUUACACGUACCGAACAAAGUGAACAAUUCGAUUCGAGUAUAAUCUAUUCAAAAGGUGCUUCAAUUCUACGUAUGAUUGAAUCAGUAAUGGGAAGUGAUCUGUUUUAUGCAGCACUUCGUAAUUAUCUAGCCAAACAUAAAUAUACAAGCGUUAGACCGGAAAUGUUAUUGGCUGAAUUCGAUGAACAAUUUGUAUUCAAUGAUACUAAUGAACAAACUAUAAAAAUGAGUGAUUUUAUUCAUGAUUGGUUCUACAGUAACGGUAUUCCAUACAUUAAUGUAACCGAAUCUAGUGAUGAAACCGUAUAUAAUCUAGUUCAAGAUCGAUUUCUUUUGGAAGAAACUAAAAAUACUACGAUACCUAAAUGGAAAAUACCGAUCAAAUAUUAUCUUGAUUCAACGUGGAAAGAUAUGAAAACAGAAUUUAUGAUCAAUGAAACGAUGACAAUCACAGCAAAUAAUUCGCUAUCAAUUCCUAUCAAUUUAAAUGCACUUCAUUCUGGUUAUUAUCUGGUGAAUUAUUCACCUAAAAUUUGGCAACAAUGGAUCAAUACAUUCAUGGAUAAAUCAAAUGAAGUACCGGUGCUUGAUCGAAGUGGCCUUAUGAUGGAUGCAUUCUAUCUUGCACAGGCUAAUCUACUUUCAUAUAAUGUUCCAUUAAAUUUGGCCAAAUAUCUAAGGAAUGAAACACAUUUAUCGCCAUGGACAACGGCUAUACGUGGAUUUAGCUCAAUACGACGAUAUAUAUCACAUGCAAGUUUGUAUGAAGGAAAAUUCUGUGAAUAUCUUCAAAAUCUUGUACAACCUGUUUAUGAUGAAUUGGGUUGGAAUGAUACAAUCGAUGAACCGGUUACAAAACGGAGAUUACGAUCAUCCAUAUUAGAUUGGGCAUGUUUUAACCGAAUUAAUGAUUGUCUUGAACAAAGUGAACGAUUAUUUCAGGAAUGGAUCAUUGGUAAACAGAAUCAACAAAUGGAUAAAAUUCCAUCACCAAAUCUAUUGAGUACUGUACUUGAUUAUGGUAUACAAAAUUCUAAUUCAACCGAUCAAUGGCUAUUUGUUUGGUCACAAUAUUCCAAUGAAACAUCAUCGACACUUCGUUCAAUCUAUAUGAAUGCAUUAGCACAGACUAAGGAUUCAAAAUUAUUAAAAAUGUUAUUAACACAAGCAUUGGAAGCAAAUCAAGUAAUACGAUCACAAGAUUCAUAUUCCGUAUUCAUUGCUGUUAGUGGCUGUAAUAAUCGAAACAGUUUGGCAUUACUAUGGAAAUUUUUCAAGGAUAAUUAUCUAAAAUUUAUUCGAACUGGUUCACCAUUACGUUUGACAAAAGUGUCAUCAUUAUUAAGUAGUAUUAGUUCCAGAUAUUUUUUCACCACCGAACAAAAAAAUGAAAUGAAACAAUUUUUCGCUAAAUAUCCAAACAUUGGUCUCACACAAAAUCAACGAAAUGGUAUCCUAAAUCAAAUCGAUAGCAAUAUCAAUUGGAUAGCAAAUCGAAUGGUUGAAGUGGAACGAUUUUUAUUGUGUGGAAAUGAUGUUUGUCCAUUCACCGAAUUCCGUUUGAAUUCAAAUGUUAUUCCCGAACAUUAUCGUUUAUCGAUAAAAGUUGAUAUUGAUCAAGAACGAUUUGAAGGAACAGUAGAAAUCAAUGUUAAACUAAUGGAAACAAUUCGUUAUGUAAUUUUACAUGCCGCGAAAUCAUUGAAUAUAACCGAAUCAAAAGUAUUCAAUUCUGAUACGGAAUUAUCGAUUAAACAGACAUUUGCAUAUGAACCAUAUGAAUUUUGGGUUAUUGAAAUGAAAGAAUCAAUCAACGUUGAAGAUGAAAAACCAUUGAACAUUCAAUUGAAUUUUAGUUUCAAUAGUAAACUUGGUACCGAUAUGACUGGAUUUUAUCUAAGCAAAUAUAAUGAUAAUGGAAAUGUAAUAAAAUUGGCUGCAACACAAUUCCAGGAUACUCAUGCUCGACAAGCAUUUCCAUGUUUUGAUGAACCAUCAUUUAAAUCAACAUUUCAGCUAACUAUUGAACAUCAUGAUAAUUUCACUGCCAUAUCAAAUACGAAUUCAAAAUCGAUCGAAACGAUUUCCAAUGAAACAACAACAUCGUCGUGGAAACGAACAGAAUUCGAAGAAACACCAAAAAUGGUCACCUAUUUAUUGGCAUUUAUAAUCAGUGAUUUUGAAUGUAAUCAUGAUCAAACACAAUCAUUGAAUGGUACCGAAAUCAAUGUAGAUAUUUGUUCAUCACCACCGGAAAUCAAUAAUACAGCCUAUUCAUUGACAAAAGUAUCGGAUAUAAUUAGCAAUUUUCAGAAAAAAUUCGAUUAUUCAUAUCAAUUGGAAAAAAUGCAUCUUGUAGCUUUACCAGAUUUUAGUGCUGGUGCAAUGGAAAAUUGGGGCCUUUUAACUUUCCGUGAAACGGCAUUAUUAUGGAAUGAACUCAUAUCAUCGGCUUCGGAUAAAAUGAGGGUUGCUUCCGUUGUUGCACAUGAAAUUGCUCAUAUGUGGUUUGGAAAUCUAGUCACCUGUGAUUGGUGGACAGAUCUAUGGCUAAACGAAGCAUUCGCAUCAUAUCUAGAAUGGUUUGCCGUCGAUAAAGUUGAACCAGAUUGGAAUUAUAAACAAUUAUUCUAUAUAACUGAUUAUAUUCUCGGUAUGGAUGCCGAUGCAAGUAUUACUGCCCAUCCAUUAUCUAGAUCUUCGAUUGAUAAACCGGCCGAAAUUUCCUAUAUAUCACAUAUUACAUAUCAAAAGGGUUCAUCCAUAUUACGAAUGUUUGAAUAUGUUUUAGGCACUGAAUCAUUUUAUGGUCAAUUACAAAAAUAUCUAAAAAAAUAUCAAUAUAAAACUGUUACGGCUGAUCAGUUUUUAACCGAAAUAUCGGAAAUUACAAUCGAUGGAUUCAAUGAAACAAGAAAAUUCCUGGAAUCAUGGACAUUAAAACCAGGAUUUCCAUAUGUAAACAUAACCCGAAUCGAUAACAGUACACGAUAUAUCAUUACACAGGAAAGAUUUUUAUCCAGUGGAAAAUUCUCUAACAAUAACGAUUAUUAUAUUAUUCCACUUUCAUACUAUAACGAUUAUACUGUAUCCACGGAAGCAAAAAUCCAAUUCAUUUCGAAUGGCCAACAGGAAAUCGAAUUGAAUCAAUCAAAUAAUAAUGAAUCUUUUCCAUUGAAAUUCAAUUGUGAUUCUCAAGGAUUCUAUAUUGUUAAUUAUCCAAUGGAUGAAUGGAAAAAAUGGACAAAAUUAUUUCAAGAUCAAACGACAAUGUCAAAAUUACAUUUAACAUCACAAGAUUAUUCACAUCUUAUGUAUGAUGCUUUUCGUUUAGCUAACGUAAAUCUUUUGCCAUUCGAAACAGUAUUUGAAUUACUUUCAAUAUUGAAAACAAAUCAAAGGUAUUCGAUUUGGUCAACCGGUUCGACCAUUUUUGGAAAAUUAUGGCCAUAUUUUCGUAAUGUUAAUUUCGAUGAUGGCAAAUCCAAUAUGAAUCAAAUGAUGCAACAAGCAUAUCGUUCAUAUGCACAUGAUCUUGUUCGUGAUGUUUAUCGAAACUACAACCUUCAAGAAUCAUCAUCCAUGCAAAUAGAUAUGAAUUCUCAACGAUUACAAACAACAGUCACAUCAUUUGCCUGUGCAUAUGGUUUCGAUUUAUGUUUAGCCGAAGCAGAAGUAGAAUUUAAAAAAUGGCGUCAAGGUUAUAUCGAUAGAAUAUCGCCAAACAUAAUCACUGUCGUACUUCGUUACGCUUUACAAGAAUCAAAUGAUGUUGAUGAUUGGAAUUUUGUAUGGAAAAAAUACAAUGAAGAACAAUCAACGGUAAUGAAAUUGAAUUAUCUACAGGCAUUGGCUCAAACACAGAACAAACAAUUGCUCACUAGACUAAUGAAUUAUGGUAUGGAACAAAAUUAUAUUCGUCGUCAAGAUUAUCUUGGUCUUUACACGUAUAUAUUACGGACACCUGUUGGUUUUAAAAUUGGAUGGCAAUAUUUUCAACAAAAUUAUCGCCAAAUUCUCGCCCAACGAUUAUCAUCAUCAAAUAUGGGACGAUUAGCAACAUAUUUUGCUCGUUAUAUUUAUACGGAAAAACAAUUGAAUGAAUUUCAACAAUUUUUCAUUAGACAUCGUGAUACAGGUGUUUCCGAUGUAAAUCUAAAUAAAUCAUUGGAAACAAUACAGACAAACAUUGUUUGGGCUAAAAAUUAUCGUAUGAAAAUAUUCGAAUGGCUGAGAAAUCGACAAUAAAUUUUGAACAAAAUCAUGUAUGAUCGACGACGACAUAUCGAAUGUUUAUUAUGAAUUUUUUUUUUUUUUUUUUUUUGAUUGAAAAAAACAAUAAUUUUUCUUUUUAAUAUAAUAUAAUAAAUCGUGAAUAUUUAUUCUCAUGACAUUUUUUCAAUUUGCAACAAUAUUGCACCCAUUUUCCGAAAAUUUUCUCAUUCCGGUUAUUACAAACAGUCUGACAAUGGGACAAAAUUAGAAUGUAUCUCGUACAUACACACACACACACACACAUUAUCACGAGGUAAUAAUUUUUUCUCCCUUG